UCUAGUUUGUCUGUGAAGUUCGCCGUCGCCGGAUGGAUCGACCACCGUCGUUUCCUCACUAUCAAAACCCUAAUCUCAACUUCUUCCACCAAUGUCCUCCACUUAACCCUAAUCCCAAUUUCUCCUUCCAACCUCCUCCUCCUCCUCUCCAAAAUCUCAACACUCUCUCCAUCGCUCCAUCUCCACCACCGAUUCUCGAGCUCUCCACCACACUCUCCUCUCUACAGUCCCUAAUCUCAGAAUCCCAACGCACAUUAGCUUCUCUCUCGCAAAAUCUAGCUGUAGACGACUCUUCUCUUCUCGACAGUGACAAUUUUGUUCGGUGCCCUUUCGAUCCUAACCACCUCAUGCCACCAGAAGCCCUCUUCCUCCACUCACUUCGUUGCCCAAAGCCUCUCGAUCUCACUCACCUCCUUGGAUCAUUCACUAGUUACAGGAACAAGCUCGAGUUGCCGUUAAAUAACGGCGACGGUGACGUUUGUUUUGGGCACAACUUCUUCUACAAGGACUGCCCAGGCGUUGUUAGCUUCUCUGGGAUCGAUAAUAGCAAGAAAAGUUUAAAACUUUGCAGCGAGUUUGAAGGUUCUUGUGAGAUAGAGAAGAAGAAGAGUGUGUUGGAUAAACGGUUAAGGCUCUUGCCGUCUGAUGUCUAUGCAGUGAAGAGUGAGAUUGGGAGAUGGAGAGAGUAUCCGAGUUCUUAUUCAUAUACUGUUCUUUCUUCGAUUGUGAGUUUGAGAGUGAAUGAUAUGAGUGAGUUGAGAACAUGGAUUCUGGUGAACUCCACGAGGUUUGGUGUUAUAAUUGACACAUACAUUAGGGAUCAUGUGUUCUUGCUCUUUAGGUUGUGUCUGAAAGCUGUUGUUGAGGAAGCUAGUGGGUUUAUAAUAGAGUCUGAUGCUAAUGCGUGUGAAAGGAGAACGUUUGAGUGUCCGGUUUUGGUUCGAGUGUUGUCUUGGUUAGCUUCUCAGCUUGCUGUCUUGUAUGGAGAAGGAAACGGGAAGUUUUUCGCUCUAGACAUGUUUAGACACUGCAUUGAAGCGUCUGCGUCUCAGAUUAUGUUGUUUCGGUUACCUGAAUCCUCUAGUGUUCUCGAGGUUAUAGAUGAUGCAAAAUUCAGUAAUGAGGAUUUGACAGCAGCUGUUGCAGCGUUGUAUGAAAGAUCCAAGCUUGAACGAAAAAUGAGAGCGAUUCGGUAUGCACAACCACUAACAAGAUAUCAGCGGGUAGCUGAGCAUGGUGUUAUGACGGCUAAAGCUGAUGAGGAGCGGAAGGGACGUCCUAACUACCGACCUAUUAUUGAUCAUGAUGGUCUUCCGAGACAACGCUCAUCGAAUCAGGAUAUGGAUAAAAUGAAGACAAGAGAAGAGCUUUUAGCUGAAGAGAGAGAUUACAAGCGUCGAAGGAUGUCAUACCGUGGUAAGAAGGUCAAGCGAACUCCUCGACAGGUGUUGAGGGAUAUGAUAGAAGGAUUUACAGAAGAAGUUAAGCUAGCAGGAGGCAUUGGAUGUUUUGAGAAGGGAAUGCCAUCACACUCCUCGUCUUCUAUAGGCAAUGAUCAGAAAGAAAGUGUAUCAACAACAUUGACAGACGCAACAGCAAGAUCCUAUAAGCCAGGGAAAGGAGAGGACCGUGCAGAUAGUGAAUAUGCAGUGGAUAUUAGAACCAAUACAGAUAGAGGAAGGCGGUAUGAGGAAUAUGAUUCCAGUAGCUCACAGAGACAGCAAAGUCACAGAUCAUCAUACAAGCGCAGUGUUGGAAGAGAUGAUGAUGAUGAUGAAUACAGAAGGACCAAACGACGUAGCCACGAAAAGGAAUCUCAUCAUCAGAACCACAUAUCAUCUCGUGAAAGGAGUUCUUCAGAUUACAAAACCAAAAGGGACGAUCGUUAUGACCGCCGCAGCAGUCGGGAAACUAGGAAGCAAAACUCGUUUGAAGAUAGAUACAAUCCGUUAGAAAGAGAUUGAAGCUAAAGAGAAGAGGAGCAUCUGAAGUUUUGUGUGAAUCCGUAUCCUCUUUUGUAUCCUUAACCAUGAUACUUUUAUUUUACUUCGAUGCAUUUAAGUGUUAAUCAAAACCUUAUCUUUUGAUACUCAAAGUUUCUAGCUAUUUCUCAACGUCCCUUGGGUUUAUAUAUUCAGUGUGGUCUACCACUCCCGUCUUUAUAAUUUUUCAGUGUUACUUUUCUCUUUUGCUUGUGACAGAUUGAAGUUAACUCAAAGUGAUGUUCUUGCUAUGAACAAGCCAUGAGCCAUAUGAUUGCUAGGAAGAAAUGAGAAUUCAACAAGAGUUUGUAAUGGUGAAGCCACUGUAAUGUUUACAUCUGUAAUACUUUAAUGCAAUCAUAUGUAUAUAAAUAAAAGAUGAUGACCAGAGCCAUUACUCA